AUGGACUGCCUUUCUAGUGCGAACGGGAUAUCGAUGGCAUAUCUCUAUAAUCUGGCUCACCCCGACUCCACACACCGUGCUGCCGCCCCAUGGGAUGCAUCGCUCGCUCUCAACGGGACGAACAAUUUCCACACCCACGUGCACAUGCAGAACUUGCACUGGCCUGCGCUACCUGUCGACCUCGCGCACCAUGUAUACCCCAGAGCAGGAGGCGCUCCCACUCAGAGCCCUUCCACCGCCCUCCCGCCCGACGCACAAGACUUCAUCGGCGCUCGCCUCGCUCUCUUCUCCGACGCCCCGUCCCGCAUCCGCCAAUGGUUCUACAUGCUCGCACAUCCCGCGCACACCGUGCGCAUAGAGCCCGCGCUUCCAUCUCCGCCCGCGUACGAGUACGCAAACACGCAUAAUACUUUCUCCGCCUCUACUGCUUACGACCUCUACGCAUUCUCAUCCGGCACAUACAGCCCCGAAACAUCUUCAAGCCCCGACUCGACGAGUGCGCCCGACGCACUCCCGUGGAAUACCAUCACGCCCGACGCGCACACGGCGAGCCUGCGGUGUCAGUGGGACGGCUGCAUGCAGCGCUUCGAGACAGCACGCUUCGGGGACAUCGAGGCGCACAUCCGCGCCGCGCACUUUGCGCCCGAAGAGUGGGACGCCGAGCGGCGCGGGCUCUGCCGUUGGGCGGGCUGCAAUCGCGACAAGACGCUCUUUUUCAAAAGCUUCGCGAAGCACAUCGCGACGCGCCACCUGCGCUCGACGGCCACGGUGUGCACCGUGCACGGGUGCGAAGAGCACUUCACGCGCGCGGAUUCGAGGGCGCGCCAUUUGUUGAAGGUGCAUGGUGUCGGCCUCGACGGCUGA